UGUCCUAUCAGUCUCCGGGUCAAAGCCGCACGUAUCACUUCGUCGUAAACAACACCGAACGAUCUCUUUAGUCGUAAAUAAGAAAUACAGUGCAGAAAAAUGAAUACGCUCACGAGAGCACGUGCGAUUUUCGCAAAAUUAGGUGUCCGUUCUUACAGUGGAAGAGUUGGCAUAAUAGGCGUGCCAUUCGACAAGGGACAGAGAAAAGUAGGAGUGGCUCGUGGACCUGAGACAAUCAGAGCUGCGGGACUGAUACAGGAAUUAAAAGUUUUAGGGCUAGAUGUGCGUGAUUAUGGCGAUGUCAGUUACGGCGAAGAGAACAUACAUGAUGUGAAUAAUAUGUCUCACUUAAGCGACGUGGCUAGCUGCACGAGUCGUUUAUCCGAACAUGUUCGACAAAUAAUACAAGAUGGCAGGCAAGUGGUGACAAUUGGCGGCGACCACAGCGUAGUUAUCGGUACUAUUGACGGACAUAUCAAGGAGAGGCAAGAUGUAGCAGUGAUAUGGGUGGAUGCACACGCGGAUCUCAACACCAACAAGACCAGUGACAGUGGUAAUGUGCAUGGAAUGCCUGCGGCAUUGUUGAUUUCUGAACUAUCAGACUACUGGCCGUACCUGCCCGGCAUGGAUUGGCAAAAACCAAUGUUGCCCCUCAGAAACCUAGCUUACAUCGGCUUGAGAUCUGUGGAUCGUUAUGAAAGAUUAGUGAUCGAAAAGCAUGGUAUCACAGCUUUCGGUAUAGAAGAUAUAGAGCAUUAUGGUAUUCAUAAUGUGUUCCACAUGGCACUGAAUAAGAUAGAUCCUCACAAUGAGAAAUCUAUACAUGUUAGCUUCGACAUAGACUCAUUGGAUCCGCUUGAAGCACCCAGUACCGGCACACCAGUGCGCGGAGGAUUGUAUCUUAGAGAAGCGGUUCAUCUCAUGGAGCAGAUACACAGAACACGCAGACUGAGUGCCAUUGAUUUAGUAGAGGUCAAUCCACAAAUUGGUGAUGAAAAAGAUGUAAGAAUUACUAUAGAGGCAGCGAUACACAUUAUCCAGGCAGCAUUAGGUCACAUGAGACGUGGUUUAAUGGUUCCUAAAGGUGUAACUGAUAUGCCAUUACAAACAUUUCGAUAAUAUACACUGCUGAUGUAUAUAAUAUAUAUAAAAUAUAUUAUGGACACAAUUGACAAAUUUAUCAUAAACUGAAAAGAAAUGGCAUGUAUCUGUGUUGUAUUUUAAUAUAUAGAUAUUUAUCAAAUUUUUACAUAUAUAUACAAUAUUUAUGUAACACUGUCUCUACUGUUAGAGUGAUUACAUACACGAAUAAUUAAUUUCUGCCAUUAGUACUCUAUAUAUAAGUAUUAUAUUCAAAAUAAAUAAAUUGUAUAUUCUUUUUAAUAAUUAUAUUUGUCACUCUAUA